AUGACAACUGGUACAAAUCAAUCAUUGCCAUCGAUGAAGAAAGAGAUGGCGGGAGACAUUCCUAUCCAUUUAACAUUAGGAAAUACGACACUAUCGCUUCGAGCAACAGGAGAAUGGGAACUUGACAAUGCAGCGUUACAACAGAUGAAGGAGUAUGUGCAAAGGCUAGAGAAGCGCAAUGAUGCGCUUGAGGUGGAGAAUGCAGCGUUGGAAGACAAGUACUUGCGUAUAAUGGAAGAGUGGCAUAUGGAAAAAUUCAAGUGUCAACUGCUGGUUGAGAUGCUAGCAGUAUCGAGUCUAGAUGAGGAAUCAACGAGAAUACAAGCAGAGCAAGAAAAGGCACGAGCAAUCAGGUUGAAAGCAGACAUAGUGGCAUUACUGGAGCAAGCGCGUAUCGAAGGGCUCGACAUGUGCAAACUGAACGUCGCACUUGAUGUCGAGCCGUAG